UGACAUUUCACCCAAAUUUGUUUUGCGAUUUAAUCGUGAAAUUUCGAAAAGUCACAUCAAACUAAAAGUUUCAAAGAAAAAUUAGUUUACGAAUUCGAUAUGCGCACACACUCACAUUUAAAAAAUACAAUCCAAACGUCUUUCUCGGCCCAUUUACAUAUGUAUACAUGAAACUCUAAUGAUUUGUGAAAAAAGCAUUUUGGCUGUAAAUAACGUUAGAUUGAUUUGAUUUUAUAAAUUUAGAACGAUUGCACAACAGCAGCAAAAGCAGCCGCAGCAGCAACGAGCAGCAAGCAGCAGCAGCAGCCAACCAAAUAGCCGCAGCAAUAAUGUUGCUAGUGAAAAAACUUUUAACUAAAUUCAACGAGCACUUUCCCAAGUUUGUUUUGAAAAAUUACUCGUAUAUUUUCUUUGCUAUUUUGAUAGUUUCCCAAGCAAAAGGAAAAAAUCCACAAAAUUUUUCAAAAAAAUUCGUCCUUUAAAUUAGCAAUGAAUUAUAAUCGUCGCAGGAACAUAUUUACUUUGGGCGAUUUUCAUCAAUAUCCAAAUCCAACGCAUCAAAUUAAAGCGCAACACAAUCGACGCCAAAAUUCCGAUCCCUUCGAACGUGAUCCCUUCAAAAUCCAAUCGUACAAUUUUCGUUACGCCGAGCGUCCCUCAUACCCACUACCGAAUUUGUACAAUAAUCGUGUACAUUCAACGCCUUCAACGUCGAACAAACGGUUUGAGACAUUCUUCUACAAUUAUGACUUCACUCCUUCUGUGCAUGACAAAGAGAAUCCUCCAACAAACAAAUUUCGCGAAUUUCGUCGACGAAAAUUCCUUUUGGAUCACCAACCGCAAAAUCCGACAACAGCAGGUCAACACGCUGCGACAGCAGAUAACCGCGAAUUGUCGUCACUGCAACAAACCCAUAUGUAUCAGCAAUUGCACCCAAUCGCCAAUGCAACAGUCUACGCACGUGUCGGCACAAGCGCCAGUCAAACAGCAAUUGCGUCGGCCGCUAGGACAGCUGCAACAGCAGCAGCAACAGCGGCCACGACAACAGCAAAUGCCGCUGGACGUACGAGCCAAUCGCGUCUCGGAUACGAGCGUUUGCGUGGCGGCAACGUCGACAACGGUGGCGGCGUCGGUGGCAACAGGGGCGUUCGGCAUUACCAAACACUUUGCAGUGCCACAGAUUCAAGCAGCAUCGGCACAGCCGCCGGACUGCGUUAUGGACGUGACAAUGUCAGCACCUCAUCGCACAUGUCCGGCCAAAACAAGUACGCUCGCAAAACGAAUGCGCGCUCUACUGGGAACCGAGAAUAUUUACGUGCACUCGCCACAGCCCACAUUAACGAGUCGGCCAAUCAGCCCAACUACCUUGGUCGGGGGCGUUGCAACAGCCGCACAUCAGUUGAACGCGGCCGGCGUCCACGUCUUGAAUCCCUGGGUAGCGGGAGCGGGUUUGCGCAAGGUAACAGCCAACAGCUUGACGCCAGCCACGGCAAUGCGAAGACCGCUGGCUUUCGCGAAUUGUCAAGCGCAGGAACGUCGCCGUCGAAAUAUGCUCGACAGCCCAUACAGAUCGUACACUCAGCUUCCCCGAAUCGGGUAACUGCAACGGUGGAGAAGACGGAGGGCGCCUGUUCCGGUUGUCAGAUAAAUAUCAAUAUAAAAGGUUUGGAUUCUACACAAUUGGGCGAUAAUGUCGUUAUCAAAAUUGAGUCCGAUAAGCUGACACCCAGCAAAACGAAUACGAAAACCGAACAUACGCCCGUCGUAAGUACGUUGAAUAAUAUCUACAACGGUACCGGUUGUAUACAAAGUAAUGAUAUCGCCUUCGCAAAGUUGGUGGAAAUUAAACGUAAUUCCGAAAUGAAUCAUAAUCUCGAUAUUAAGCCGAAAGCAGUUGCACAUCAAGCCAGAGCGACAAUGCGUAAUACUUCAUCCUCAUCAUUUGUAAUCGAUAAACGUCUCUCUAAGUUUGCCGUGAACUCAACGGAUGAACGCGAACAGCGCAAGCACAAGCCACGUAGCUCUUCACAUUCUCGCAUACCGUUGUCUUCAUCAACCGCACGCGCGCUCGGUUUUACCAGUUCCAACACUGCACUACGCAAUACGAAUAGCACCGAAGUAAUUCAACGCGCGCCGAGAAGUAUCUCCAAGGAACGUAUGCCAAGCAUGGUGCCCUGGUGUUUAGACACCACACUACGACAUGGAUUUUCACACGACGACGACAUUGCGAAACCAUUGCCGCCCACACAGCCCACGCCAGUGAUGAAGCCCACAAGACCCUCGUAUGAUGCAACACUAAGUGAUGUGCGCAAAAUGCGCCGUCAGGCGGUUGUUGCCGCAUACAAGCCGUUUUCGCUGCAACGCACGUCCUUGGGCUCAACACUGCGUCCACGCAAGUCGGAAAACUUCAGUGGCAGUAGUAAACCCGGCAGCACAACGCCCAGCAAUGAGAUGAACAAGUUGUUGGAGAAAGCACAACAAUGUAAGAAGUCGGCUGGCGCUGUUGCGUCCGAUUUCCAUGCCGAGAGCGCGCAGCAUCGUCAGUCACAUCACUCGCUGCGUGGCGCAAAAGUGAGCAAAAGCACUUUGCGCAGCCAAUCAAGUUCGCAGUUGGAACUUAGACGUUCGCCUACGAUGAUUAUGCAUCGAAGCCGUUCCAGCAUACGACAGGCGACACAAUCUGCGAGCGACAAUCAGAGUCAUGUCACAACACCUCUCAAUGUGAAUAUCAAUGUGUUUGCAGAUAAAUUGAAAUUGCUACGUGUUUGAUUGCAUAGAACUGAACUGACAGCAGAUUUGUCAGAAACUGUCUCGAAUUAAUGGGUAGAACUUUGAACUAGAACUUUGAAAUUUCCAAGAACGAUCCGAAUUUUACCAACUCGCACCAGUUCAACCGCAUGGACGGCGAGUUUGUGAGCUGUUGAUAUGGACACGGCGGUUGAACCUUUGAAAUGUGUGGCGUUUGCUUUGGUCUUCCUGGGGGAAGUGCAGAAAGACGUUGCGCAUUUGAGGCGUUCAAUUGCCGACACAAUUCCCAGCCACUCUUUGCUCCAUAAACGUCUUACGCGUGUUGGAUGUUUAUCGGCGUCCCAACAACAAAAUUAAAUAACCGUUAUGCAUGCAAAUGUUCCUGUUAUUUUUAAAUUUAAAAAGUAACAAAAAUUCCAAAUUAAAUCAAAAUUCAAAUACUAAGAGCCUCUACUUGGGAUUUAAUGCAAUUUAAAUAAAAUCCUAAACGCCAGAAAUGUUUGUAAACGAAUUUAUAAGUAUACAAUGACAACAUUAUAUAUUUUUAUAUUUAUUUUACAAUAACCCUUAAGUUGAAAUAAUGAAAAGAAAAGGCUUCGCGCUAAAUAUGGACAUAAUUAAUAAAACAAAAUUUUUGAUGGUAAACAAGUCUUCGACUUUCGUACGUUUUUCGGUUGAAUUCGCUCUCUAUCUCUCUCUCUUUCUCUUUCUCUCUCUUUCUCUGAGAGCUUUUAAAGUUAAAUUUUAUUUUUUUAUUUCGACUUCUUUACUGAAAUUCAUGAUUAAACCACAACAAUCCGGGUGAUUAAAUAUCGCAGUGCAGACCUUCUCUACUGGGAGUAAGUAAAUAUUAGUUUUUUUGCACUUUGGCGAAUAAUACAAAACAAAAAGAAAGGAAAAGAAAAAUUAU